CAUAGAUAUAUCAUGUAUUAUGUAUGUUUAAACUUUAAAUGAGUUAAUCUACUAGAUUCAGUAUUUAAUUACUACUAAUUACACUCAUGUUUUUUCAUCCUCUUCAACACAUCUUAUCCAUGGCCAUUGCUCUUCUCCUCUUGAUUAUAUUCUCAUGCCAAACCAUCGUUUUCGCCGAAAACGAACCCCUUUUCGCAUGCAAUACCGAAAAAGACCCGAGCUUGAAAAACUACUCAUUCUGCAAUCCGUCAUUGGAUGUCAAAACACGAGUAAACGACUUGGUUAAGAGGCUAACAUUAGAAGAAAAGAUAGGAAACUUGGUGAACAAUGCUAGCAGCAUCGACCGCCUCGGUAUACCAGGAUACAAGUGGUGGUCGGAAGCGUUGCAUGGCGUUUCUAACGUCGGACCCGCGACUCAUUUCUCUAGCUUGGUCCCCGGAGCCACGAGCUUCCCACAAGUCAUCCUUACCGCGGCGUCGUUUAAUAAAACUUUGUUUAAAGCUAUUGGUAAAGUGGUGUCAACUGAAGCUAGAGCUAUGUAUAAUGUUGGGUUAGCGGGGUUAACGUAUUGGUCGCCGAAUGUGAAUAUAUUUCGUGACCCGCGGUGGGGCCGAGGGCAAGAAACUCCUGGAGAAGAUCCGGUUUUAGCGAGUAAAUAUGUGGCGAAUUAUGUUCGCGGUUUGCAAGAAAGAGAUGAUGGAGAUAAAGAUCGGUUGAAAGUUGCGGCUGCUUGUAAACAUUAUACGGCGUAUGAUGUUGAUAAUUGGGAAGGCAUUGAUCGAUAUCACUUCGAUGCGAAGGUAACAAAGCAAGAUAUGGAGGAUACAUAUCAACCACCAUUCAAGAGUUGUGUUUUGGAUGGAAAUGUUGCAAGUGUGAUGUGUUCGUAUAACGAAGUUAACGGCAAACCAACAUGUGGGGAUCCGGAUCUUUUGAAACGGGUUAUUCGGGGCGAAUGGAAACUAAACGGGUACAUAAGUUCCGAUUGUGAUUCGUUAGACACCAUGUUCAACUCGCAGCAUUGGGCGAAGACCCCAGAACAAGUCGCGGCAGAUGCGUUAAACGCUGGUUUGGACCUUAACUGUGGGAAUUGGUUAAGAGACUACACAAUGGGUGCUGUACAAGGUGGGCUAGUGGAAGAGUCAGUGGUUGAUAAGGCGGUUUCGAACAACUUUGCGACACUUAUGAGACUUGGGUUCUUCGAUGGUGACCCGAGUAAGCAAAUGUAUGGGAACCUUGGUCCGAAAGAUGUGUGCACCCCGGCUCACCAGGAGCUAGCCCGCGACGCUGCUAGACAAGGAAUCGUGUUGCUCAAAAAUGUAUUUCGCCCUUUGCCACUCUCUCCAACUGCUAUUAAAUCUCUAGCACUUAUUGGCCCUAAUGCUAACGCCACAACCACCAUGAUUGGCAACUAUGCAGGGGUUCCAUGCAAGUAUACAACUCCGUUACAAGGGCUAUCCGACUCCGUCGUGACUCUCUAUCACGCAGGCUGUAGUGACACCAAAUGUGCUAAUGCGCAACUUAACGAGGCAAGGGAAGUGGCGUCUGCAGCAGACGCUGUGGUUCUAGUGAUGGGUACGGAUCAAUCCAUUGAGGCUGAGAGUCGAGAUAGAACCAGCAUAAGUCUUCCCGGACAACAAAACCGCCUUAUUUCAGAAGUGGCGUCUGUAUCUAAAGGGCCCGUGAUUCUUGUUAUAAUGUCGGGAGGUGGAAUGGAUAUUCAGUUUGCAAAGGAGAACCCUAAGAUCACUAGCAUUUUGUGGGUCGGGUUCCCGGGUGAAGCCGGUGGAGCUGCGUUAGCUGAUGUCGUUUUCGGACGAUAUAAUCCAGGUGGAAGGCUGCCCAUGACAUGGUAUCCACAGUUUUUCGCAGAAACGGUGAACAUGACCAACAUGAACAUGAGACCAAACCUAACCACUGGCCACCCUGGGUACACCUACCGGUUUUAUAAAGGCACAACGGUUUAUCCGUUUGAGUACGGGCUAAGCUAUUCUAUGUUCGCUCAGUGGGUGGUUAGAGCACCAAAGUCGGUCAAACUCUCGCUAGAUGAAGAUCAAGUUUGUCGUUAUCCUGAAUGUGAAGUAGUUGAGGUAAGUGAUAAUAACUGUCGGAAUUCGGGAUUUGAAGUCGUGAUCGGUGUGAAAAACGUCGGGAAUAUGGCUGGGAGUUACAGUGUGUUGUUGUAUUCCUAUCCUCGAUGGAUCCGGAACGUACCUCAAACAGAUUUACUGGAUUUUGAAAAGGUAUUCUUGGCUCCACAACAGGUGACGAUGGUUACAUUCCAUGUGGACGGUUGCAGACAUUUGAGCGUCGUUGAUGAAGAUGGCAACCGGAAGGUUGCUUUGGGGGAGCAUCACCUUCAGAUUGGCGAUGUUACGCACUAUUUAUACCUUGAGACAUGAUAUGUCUGUUUUGGCAUGUUAUCUAGUUCAGUAAAUGCAAAGUAUGCUGAUUUCAAUCUAUUUACCGAUAAAUAAGUCGAUGAAUAAAAAUCGACCACAAUAUGAGAUUAAG